CCUCUUUCUCCUCUGGGAGAGAGUGUCUCUGCAUUUCCUCGCCCACUCUCUCUCAAUUCAAUUCAACUCUUCCUCUCUCUGUCUCUCUCCAGCUCUGGGACAGAUCAUGCUGUAUGUGGAUGGAAUGAACGGCCUCAUAAGUCACAACGAAACCGUCCAAUGGCUUUACACACUCGUUGGAUCCAAGUUCCGUCUGGUAGUGAAGACAGCUCUGAAACUGUUACUGGUGUUUGUGGAGUACACUGAACCCAACACUGCCCUGCUCAUCCAUGCUGUCAACACCGUGGACACCAAGAGAGGCUGUAAGCUGUGGUCCAAUGCCAUGGAGAUUCUGGAGGAGAAGGAUGGGGUGGACACAGAGCUGCUGGUGUAUGCCAUGACCCUCAUCAACAAGACUCUAGCGGGCCUGCCUGACCAGGACUCAUUCUAUGACGUGGUGGACUGUUUGGAGGAGCAGGGCAUGGAGGCCAUGUCUCAGAGACACCGUAGCAGGAAGGGAACAGACCUGGACCUCAUGGAGCAGUUUAACAUCUACGAGACUGCUCUGCGCCAUGAGGACGGGGACGACGAGAGCCAGCCACCUACCGUGGGUCGGAAGAACCGGCGGCGUGCCAGCGUGGGGGGCACCAACGACCGGCGAGGCCUGGAGAGGAGACGCAGCCGGAGACACUCCCUCCAGAACGGGAGAGGACUCACCUCAGCCCCCGCUUCUCCCAGCAGCCCUCACUCUCACGGAGGACACAACGGUAGCUUCCUGCCCUUCGGAGGCCAGGGCAUCGACGACGUUAGCGAAAGCCGACACAUAGGCCACAUCAUGGCUCUCCCUGGCAGGUCCCAGGGUGUAGCCAGCGCCCCCACCACCCCUGUACACCGCUCCCAGGGUGUAGCCAGCGCCCCCACCACCCCUGUACACCGCACCUUUGCCACCUCAGGGGCACCACAGCUGGACUCCAAGUCUGACAGACCUUCUCUGGGGAGCUUGUUGUCUUCCUCCUACAGACAACACCAGGAGUCUCUGACUGCAGAGAGAGAGAGGAGGAGACAAGAGAGGGAGGAACGACUGCAGAAAAUCGAGAGGGAGGAGAGGACCCGCUUCAAUCGGGAUUACAUGGACAAGAGGGAAGAGACAAGACCGGCCAGAGAAGAGAGAUAUAAGUGUGUUGAGAGGCUCGCAGCAGAGGAGUAUGAGAAAGAGAGAGAGCGCACGAGAGCGCCACCCAGGGGGCGCACAGAGAUCACCCUGAGCCUGAGCCCCACCCCCUCCAGUCGCUCCGCCUCCCCCCGCUGUGCCACGCCCUCCUCCAUCGCCUCUCCGGAAGACGCUGGCACCAUUCCAUCCCAGACAUCCCAGACGCAGGGAAGUGAAGUAGACGUAGAGCCAAGCCGUGACCUUCAGACUAGAACUACAAGUCCAGCGCCAGAGUUAAUAGUAUCAGGACCUUCUCCAGAACCCACAGAGCCCCCCUCCCAAACUCCCCCGGCGCCAGCCGAGGAGCAGGCAGAGACAGAGACGCAGACAGAGAAGCAGGAAGUAGCUGAAGUUGAGUCCAAGCAGGAAGUACUAGAGCUAGUGGAGUUAGCGGUAGAUGAACAGACACAGGGUAAAGAGCAAGAAGAAAGUGAGGAGGAGGAGGAGGGUAAGGAGGAAGAGAGACAGUCAGGGAAUGAGGUAGAGGGAGAAGAUAAGGUAGAAGAGGAGGUAGAGGUAGAGGGAGAAGAGGUGGAGAUAGAAGAUGUAGAAGUGGUAGAGAUAGAGGUGGAGGAGGAGGGAGAGAGGGGCAGGCUGUCGGAGGAGAGGGAGGUGGAGGAGAGGCUGGUCCUCCUCAGUGAGAAGGAGAGGCAGAACGAGGAAGUGAAUGAGAAGGAUAACUGUUCUGCCUCCAGUAUCUCCUCAGCCAGUAGCACUCUGGAGAGAGAGGAGAGGGAGGAGAAAGUCAACAGCAACCUUGAACCAGGCCAGUGCAUUAAGGAGGAAGACGUGAACGGGCAGUGCAGCAAAAUCCUCAACAGCAAGCGCUUCAUGCUGGACAUGCUCUAUGCCCAGAACAAGACCGCUGCCGACGAGGACGAAGAGAAGGCGGGAGAGACGGAACAGACGGAGAAAUGCAAAGAGGGGAUGGAGACGUCAUCGUUAGAGGGUCAGGACGGGUCGUCGGUGGCCAGCUUAGCCAGUCGUAUCUCUACACUGGAGGCCAGCAGGCAGGCCUGCGAGGAGAACGUCAAGAAGAUGGAGGUGCAACACCUGGAGAACCAGGGGAGCGUCAGGGCCGUGGCCGAGAAAUUUGGAGACCUUGUUAAAAGCCUUGUGUCGCCUCACGAGCUGGAGGCAUUGGAGAAGCAGCAGCAGGGGCACCUUCAACCUGAUAAAGACAAAGCUCCUCCGGCCCCGUCCUCCUCUCCCCUACCUCCUAAGAAGGAGUCAGAUUAUAUCUGGGACCAGCUGAUGGCAGCCCCCAGGGAGCUGCGGAUUAAAGAGAUGGACUUUACAGACCUGGCAGACGAGGAUGAUCUGGACAUCUUAGACGUGGACAGUGUGCUGAUGGGCUCCAGUGACCUGAUGAUCCCUCCCCUUCCCCCCUGUCUCUCCACCCUGCCCCCUCCCCCUCCCCUGGGCCUGUUCGGCUGCCCCCCGCCCCCUCCCGGACCCACCCAGCCCUACCCGGGGUCCCCCCAGCUGAGCCGAGGGACAGGGGAGCCCCCUCUGUUCCAAAAGAAGAAGAAGACUAUCCGUCUCUUCUGGAACGAGGUAAGGCCCAUGGACGGCCAGUACAGGAACCACAAGCGUUGUAGAGAGUCUCUCUGGUCCAAACUGGAGCCGGUCAAAGUGGACACGUCCAAGCUGGAACACCUGUUUGAAACCAAGUCCAAGGAGCUGCCUGUUACCAAGAAAACAGCAGUGGAUGGGAAACGACAAGAGAUUAUUGUCCUGGACUCCAAACGGAGCAAUGCCAUCAACAUCGGGCUGACCGUCCUCCCCCCUCCCCGCACCAUCAAGACAGCCAUCCUCAACUUCGACGAGUACGCUUUGAACAAGGAGGGGAUCGAGAAAAUCCUGACGAUGAUCCCGACGGAGGAGGAGAAGCAGAGAAUCCAGGAUGCUCAGCUGGUGAACCCUGACGUCCCCCUGGGAUCAGCAGAGCAGUUCCUCCUCACCCUGUCCUCCAUCACGGAGCUGUCCGCCCGGCUGCAGCUCUGGGCCUUCAAGAUGGACUACGAGGUCACAGAGAAGGAAGUGGCAGAGCCUCUGCAGGACCUUAAGGAAGGGAUGGACCAACUGGAGAAGAACAAGACGCUGCGUUACAUCCUGUCCACGCUGCUGGCUAUAGGCAACUUCCUUAACGGAUCCAACGCGAAGGGCUUUGAGCUGGGUUACCUGGAGAAGGUUCCGGAGGUAAAGGACACGGUUCAUAAGCAGUCUCUACUGCACCAUGCCUGUUCCAUUGUGGUGGAGAAGUUUCCAGACAGCUCAGACCUGUACUCUGAGAUAGGAGCCAUCACCCGCUCGGCUAAGGUGGACUUCGACCAGCUCCAAGACAACCUGAGCCAGAUGGAGCGACGCUGCAAAGCAUCGUGGGACCACCUCAAGGUCAUCGCCAAGCACGAGAUGAAGCCUGUGCUCAAACAGAAGAUGUCUGACUUCCUAAAGGACUGUGCAGAGAGAAUCAUCAUCUUGAAGAUAGUCCAUCGGAGAAUUAUCAACCGGUUCCAUGCCUUCCUGUUGUUCCUGGGCCAUCCAGCAUACGCUGUGCGGGAGGUCAGCAUCCACCGCUUCAGUAAGAUCCUCAGUGAGUUUGCCCUGGAGUACCGGACCACACGGGAACGCGUCCUGCAACAGAAACAGAAGAGGGCCAACCACAGAGAGAGGAACAAGACCAGAGGAAAGAUGAUCACAGAUAGUGAGGAUGAAGAGGAUGGUGAGGAUGGAAAGUUUGGCGGUAGCGCCCCGGGGCCUGUAAGCCAGGAGGGCGUGCUGACGCAGGGUCUGCAGUACGCAGAGGAUGCAGCGGAGCAUGAGAACAUGAAGGCAGUGCUGAAGAGCAGCUUGCAGGGCUGCAGUGACAGUGGAGCGUCCACCGUGCCAGGCCUACGUACACGCACCAGAGCCAGCAGGCCAGGCCGUGUGGGUCCUUGGGGCUCAUCAGUGAUUGAAGACCCACCUAAUUGCACAGAGACAGACGCUGCAGAUGAGAUCAUGGAGCGCAUCGUCAGGUCAGCCACUCAGGGGCCCAGGACACGGACAGAGCCUCGCGAGAGGAAGAGGUCCAGAGCCAACCGCAAGUCACUGAGAAGAACACUGAAAAGCGGUCUGACGCCAGAGGAGGCCAAUGCCUUGGGGUUGUCCAGUGGUUCAGAGAUGGCUGUGUGACAGGAAGAGAAGUAGAGCUGGAUCCGGCAGCACAGCACACACAGACACCUGGGAAACCCUCUUACCGCCCGCCCUUCACUGACCCCUGACCUCUAACCCCUGCUCAUCCAGCCAGCCAGUCAACCGCUGCACCAUAGCUUCGCUUGGUCUUUCCCCUGGUUCAGCUUUAUGAUGACUGUAGCUCACCUUCCUGUCUGUGGUUUGUGCAGGUAGCUGGUUAAGAUGGUAAACAAUGUUCAGGAAGAGACCAUGAGGAAUAUGGUCCUCAUCCAGGAUAAUAGAUGGUUUUCAGUGGAACAAAGUGGUAUUGGUAUAGGGGCAGUUAAAGGGGUUCAGUGAUCCAGCUGACUCAGCUCCAUACACACACACUCAGGUAAAGGUCAGCAUCCAAACCACUACACUAUGCUGCUGUGCCGACUUGAGUGUUUCUUAAUGGUGUUGUUCCAAUCAGUUGUUUCUCCUAACCUUUGAAUAUGAGGCUGAGGCCUUUGAGGAACAGCUCACAUCCCAACUGUAAGUCUUAAUCACUUGAUGAAGCCCACAGUGACCACAUGACUAGUGGUGAAUCUCAGUUGUAUUUCCUUGAUUCCUUGUGUCUUCUAUCCUCACCUGUCUACACAAGGCUUUGGAGGACUAGAUCUGAGGUUCGUCCUCCCUAACCUUUUCCUCAAUUGAGAUUCACCCUAUGACUGAAAGAUACAAACUGAGACUUUCCUACACAGAAGACAUUUAGCCUCAGGACUUCUAAAGGGAGGGACAUGCGAGUGCUUGAAUCACUGUGGACUUGUGUCUGAACCAAAAAGGCCUCGGAGUUGAAUAGUAAAGAAGUUAUCAUUGACGCUAAAGAAGUUAGCAUUGAUGCUAAAUAUGUUAGCAUUGAUGCUAAAUAAGUUAGCAUUGAUGUUAAAGACGUUAGCAUUGAUGUUAUCUAUCCCCACUUAUGAUGAGCAUGUGUGUUGGGCUUGGUGUCAGAUAGUAUUUUUAGUUUGAACAAUUUUUGUUUAGAUAAAAAAUGUCUGUGUCCACAGGCUGUUUUGUUCUACUAUACUACUGUGGUAGUUUUGUGGGUUUUAAAAUACUUUAAUGCGUGAGAAAAAGGUGCUCAGAGAAGGAAUAUUUGCACUGGAUGUAGAAGUUGGAUAUUUAGAGGAAAGGAAGGGGAAAUCCUUGACACACACUGAUGUACCAAUCAGAUAUCAGAUGAAUGAAAUAAUCCCCCAGACAGAACCAAUAAUGAAACAGUAGCACAACUGAUUAUACACUCUAAUUUCAGAGGAAAAGUGAACAGAUUCCUUUGACUUUUGCAAACUAAAAUGUUUCCAAUUUUGCAUGUUGUUGAUUCAGUUGGAUUUUAUACAGAUGGAACAAACUGGAAUUCCAAGAGGAGACCAUGAUGUGUUAAGAGGGAAGGUAUCAUUUACUACAUACAAUUGAAUUACUGGUUUCCACUUUUAAAAAACACAUAGCAUAUCAGAGUCAUCAACUUUGGUGAGAACAGUCUGUGAGCUGACAAGUGUACAGAAGGGACGAUGCUACUGGGUCCAGACAGACUGACGUCUGUCAAUCACGCGUAGCGAAUGUUACAGCUUUAACCUAUAGGCCUGCCUACAACAUACAUGUUCCAGCUUUAGCCUAUAGACCUGCCUAGUACCUACAAUUACACACGUGUUGCAUGCAUGACACCAGUGUUACGCAAGCUCCUGCUGUUGUUCGCUGCAAAGCCUUCUUCUAUGGUUGAGACAUACUUAUUGUGGAGUGCUAGAACUGACAGGGAGAUACAUUUACACUAGUUACAUGUACAUACUCUCUCUUUACUCUCUGUGUCAAAGAGUUAGGCAACAUUUAAGAAUUGUUUAAAAAGUAUGAGAUUAAUAAUUGGUUAUUAUAGAAAAAUGAUAUGAGCUUCAACUGAAUGAGUGCCUUUUAUAGACAAGUCUAUUUAUUCAGUAAUGUUCAGGGAGAUAUUUGUUACAGAAAAUGUUACUGUGUGUAAUGAAAGGACUUCCUCCUUAGGUCAAUUCAACAGCUGUGACUUCCUGUUUUCAUUCUUUCCUAGAUUAAUACAUUUCAGUACUAUGUUCCAUGGCUUUAUGUCUUGGAAACAGUUCUCCUCUUCCAUUUGCGCAUUGCAGUUUUAUUUCGAAUCACAACUAAACUAGGGUUAUAGCUAAUUGUCUAAUGACAAUAUUUCCAUUUUAGCAGUUUUGUCACAAAAAAAUGUUCUAUAAAAAGAUAUGAGUUGUUUCCAUUUGCCUUAAUGUAGAAUUAGGGCAUAUAGUAUAUCUUAACGUUCCUACACUGUUGACUUUUAUUGAGGUGUAGUGGUUACAGUCAGCUAGAUAGCUAGUUUUUUAAAGUGCAUAAUUCCAGUUUACAUUUGGAAUUGUGUAGAGAGUUGUAUGAUGAUUCUACACAGUCACAAACAUUCACUGUGAUGGAAACAGCCAUUGUCGACUAAACAUGAAAGAAUAUAUGCUUGCAGCAACACAAGCCACAACAAAACAGUCACACACCUGCAAGUAUAUGUCUUUCUCAUGGAGAACUUACAAUUUGGUAUGAAACUAUCCAGCACCUUAUACACCAUUUGUAGCAUGCGUCUUUCAUUGAGGAAAACCAGAACAUUAACAGUGAGAAAGUAUAUUCUUUCAGCCUUUUUCUCAGAUGGUCAUUUUGAGUAUUGUAACUCUGAGUACAUGUAAAAUAAUGGGGGAAGAAUGCUGUAAAAUGAUGUAAAUGUCACAACGAUGUGUUUUAUGUCUUUCACUUGUUGGUAUUUUGUAUAGAAUAGUGUAUUCUAGGUUAAACAAAGCAGUGUUAUUCUAUGGAAAUUGUAAUUUAAGUGAAAACCAAACCAUGCAGGUUUAAAACAAUGUCUACAGAUGUGGCGUGUCACGUUAUGUUAUGGAUAAAGGGAGAUUCAUUUGAUUUGAAUGCUCAGAGGCUUAGCAUUUGUUAUGUUUUAUUGUUUUUCCUCUGCACAUGACUUGAAACACAUUAGGAUAAACGGAGUGGUCGAUAACCACCUAGGACUGGAUUCAAUCUGUAUCGCUGAAGUUCAGCGUUUUAGCGUGAUUGAAAAUGUUCCUGCAUUAGCAUAGACUGCAUUCAUGGUCAACACUGCAUAUGUCGGCUCCAUCUGAAACAAUCUGUAACGCUUCAGCCCCUAGUACUCCUAUGGAACCUUCAGCAGCCUUUCAUUACAUUGCACUCAAUAAAACAUGGAGUGUGUCCCAAAUGGCACCCUCUUCCCUAUAGAGUGCACUACUUCUUCUUCUUUUUUUUUUACCAGGACCCAUAGAGUCCAAAAGUAGUGCACUGUGUAGGGAAUAGGGUGCCAUUUGGGAUGCACCCCAUGUUUUCUGUGAUUGGCUAUAUUAUCUCCUUCUCCCCCACUGCUGUACUGUAAGUCAGUGUGGGACUUGGACACAAGCACAUCCAGACUCAGUGAGCUUUUCUUGCGUCUUCGCCCCUCUAACAACAACUGUAUGUAUGAACAUCUGGCAAUAAAAGAUCUCUUAAGAAACA